AAAGCCUCCACGCCGACGCUGACCUCCCCUUCUCUUCCCACCUCCUCCACUCCUCCGCCUCAAAGCCGCCAAGAACAGCAAGAAAAGUUGCCAAACUCCAUCGAGAAAUCUUCGAAGCAUCUCGCUCUUGGAAGUCGGAGCACCACCGCCGGUUCGUUGUUGCUGCGGAUCGAAUCGCGGAGCAGAGCAGGGGGUGGAUGGGGAGCAGGGUGAAGGAGGAGGAGAGGAACGAGAGGGCCAUCCGGGCCCUGCUCAAGCUGCCCGGCAACCGCCGCUGCAUCAACUGCAACAGCCUGGGACCACAAUACGUAUGCACAAGCUUCUCAACUUUCGUCUGUGUUAGUUGCAGCGGAAUACAUCGGGAGUUCACUCAUCGUGUAAAAUCAAUAUCAAUGGCUAAAUUUACUUCUCAAGAAGUUUCUGCUCUUCAAGAAGGGGGAAACGAGCGUGGUAAGGAAAUAUAUUUGAAACAUUGGGACUUCCAAGGACAGCCUCUUCCUGACAUUAGUGAUGUAGAUAGGCUCAGAAACUUCAUCAAGAUUGUAUAUGUUGACCGAAGGUUCACAGCAGAAAGAAUUGGUAACCAUCAACCACAAGCGAAGGGUAGUCGGGAUGACACUUACAGAAACAACAAUAUAGAUUCAUCCAGGGGAGUUCAAAGAGGCCCAUAUGGUGGAACUUCUGAAGAUAAUCACGGUCCACAGCAUAGCACAGCAAGCACCUCAGAAGACCAAAACAAUCUCAAUAAGCAUCCAGUACCUGCUAAAGUGGAUCAAAAGAAUAGAACCACUACAGAAAGGGAAAAUGCCAACACUGGGAAACAUCAAUACCUGGAUGGACUUCAAAAGACAGGUGGAAGCUCAGAAAAUAAUCUUAAGGAUACGACCAAAUCAGUAUCUUCUGUGGUUGAACCUUCCAAAGAAACUAAUAGAAAAGUUCUGCCUAUAAGGCUUCCUGACCCUCCUAGAUCUCAUAAAGCCACAACAUCUACCACUCCUGCUGAAAUACAGAAAGUAGUGCCACCGAGGGCUGCUGAUCCCAGUUCAAAAACUACAACAGAUGUUAAAUUAGAAAUAUCGAAAAGUUUGAUUGACUUUGAUUCAGAUUUCGAGCCUCAUCAAGGUUUUGGUCAAACUGAAGUGCAGAAGAGCUCACCUUUACCUGAUGUUGGUUGGGCUACUUUUGAUGACACUACUCCUAAAAACGCUACAGCCACUUCAAUUUCCAGUACCAAUUCUUUGAACGGUCCGCUGGUUCAGAUCCUAAAUUCUGUCUCAGCACCUCAAAUUAGUUUUCCAACCAGGCAAAGUACCAAGUCCUUGUCUUUUUCCCAAGCAAAUAACGGCAGUCAGCAGAACCAGUUCUUUUUCCGCCCCACAGAUAAUAUCCAGUCUUACAGUUCUCCACUAAACAGAGCUAAUAGUGCUCCGGUUAAUAGCCAGUUGUGGGGAGCCGCAUCGCAAGCAUCAAUACAAGGGAGCCAUGCUCUUCCUUCAAAUCAUGGCUCAAAUAUAUUGGCAGGAACACUAGCAUCACAGAGACCUGCUGUGGACACCACAUCUAGUAGAGGAAAGGCACUUCCAGAGGAUAUUUUUACCAUGAGUUACCACCCAUAUGCUGCAAACUGGGAUUGGAGAGCAAAUCCUCAGUUAAAUAUGGGAUAUGGACAAUACAACAUGCAAUAUCCUGUAGGAGCUGCCAAUAUCUUUUUUUUUUCCAUCUAUGUACAGUUCCCUUCUUUGUCUUCCAUGCGAGGAGCAUUACCGCAUACGGGUAGUACUUCAAUGCUGCCGCGUGCUCCAUUCACAGGAUUUGUUAAUUCUGAUCUGAUAACUCCACAAAUUCUGCCACCAAUGACGACGAACAACCAUCAGUUCAUAGUCCAACAACAUGAUGUUAAGGUUACACAUCAGAUGCAGAAUGCCAGUUUCCCCAUCAACCAAAGUCAUUUGCCCCAAGUUGGUGGAAACCCCUUUUUUUAACACUUUUCUGAUGCCUCCUGUGUUUAGCUGCGUAUUUUAAGCAAUCUUAUGUCAAGUGUAAGUGUUAUGGAAAUAGUAAACAAUGGAAGAGUGAAGCAUAUUGCCCUGCAUUUCUAAUACCGAAAUGGCAAGAAAUAGCCAAUCGAGUUCUUGUGUGACAUCCAAAAUGUAAAACCCAGAUAGUACUGUAAAUUGAAUUCAGUUUUAGUCUCUCCCUAGGGGAUGUGGUUGUAUAUUGUAUCAGCACUCCAAAUGUUCAGUAAAACAAGUUUUGGUCAUUUUAAUGUUCA